UUGCCUAGGUAACAAAGGUAGCGCGUCGGGCUGCUCGAUGGAAGGAAAGAUGGAGGAGAAUCCUGUGAAAGACGCCGAGAUUGGCAAUGGAGCUGGCAGCGAGGAGGCCUUGGUAGGGAAUGUCACCAAACUCACAGUGAGCCCGCCAGGCUACACGGGAUCUCCGAGAAAAGGACAUUUGGUUUUUGAUGCUUGCUUCGAAAGUGGGAACCUCGGCCGUGUGGACUACAUCAGCGAAUUUGAAUUUGACCUCUUCAUCCGACCCGACACGUGCAACCCUCGAUUCCGAGUCUGGUUCAACUUCACAGUGGAGAACGUCCGAGAGACACAGAGGGUCAUUUUCAAUGUGGUCAACUUCUCCAAGACCAAGAGCCUCUACAGAGACGGCAUGUCUCCAGUGGUCAAGUCCACCAGCCGGCCAAAAUGGCAGAGGCUUCCGGCCAAGAACGUCUACUACUACCGCUGCCCGGACCACCGCCGCAACUACGUCAUGUCCUUCGCUUUCUGCUUUGACCGAGAAGAUGACGUGUACCAGUUCGCCUACUGCUACCCGUACACCUACUCCAGACUGCAGCAUUAUCUGGCCAGCCUGGAGCGCAGGAACCUUCCCUACCUGCAGAGGGAGCAGCUGGGACUCAGCGUGCAACAACGCCAUCUGGACCUGCUGACCAUCACCAAUCCUGACCAGCUGAGUCCAGAAAGGGAGAAGAAGCUUGUGUUCCUCACAGCUCGCGUUCACCCAGGAGAGUCUCCCGCCUCUUUUGUAUGUCAAGGUUUGAUUGACUUCCUGGUGAGCCAGCAUCCUGUAGCUCAGAUCCUAAGAGAUUAUGUGAUCUUCAAAAUCGUCCCCAUGCUGAAUCCUGACGGUGUUUACCUGGGCAACUACAGAUGUUCCCUGAUGGGCUUCGACCUCAAUCGCCACUGGCAGGACCCCUCUCCAUGGGCCCACCCUACACUGCACGCUGUCAAACAGCUGAUAGUGCAGAUGAACCAAGACCCGAGCGUCAGCUUGGAGUUCUACAUCGAUGUUCACGCCCACUCCACCAUGCUGAACGGCUUCAUGUACGGCAACGUGUUUGAGGACGAGGAGCGCGUCCAACGACAGGCCGUCUUCCCCAGGCUGCUGUGCCACAACGCCGCCGACUUCUCUUUUUCCAACACUUCCUUCAACCGUGACGUGGUGAAGGCCGGCACCGGCAGGCGUUUCCUGGGCGGUCUCCUCGACGACACGUCCUACUGCUACACCCUGGAGGUGUCCUUCUACAGCUACAUGACCUCCGGCAACGCCUCUCCCGUGGCGUACACCGAGGAGACGUACAUGAGACUGGGCAUGAAUGUGGCCCGGACCUUCUUGGAUUACUACAAGCUCAAUAACCUCAUCACAGACAACACGCCAAGUCACAUUCAAAGUUGUGAAGUACCGUCUGAGACAGGCGGCGACGCUGUGGACAAAGACAGGGAAGGGAGCCAGAAUGUCAAGCAGUCGGUGGACUGAACAUGCAUGAGGGGCAUCCACUUUUCAUCACAUUAAGAAGACAUCCGUGCCUCUAAAGACGCUGAUUUCAGGACUAAAAUUGCACAAUUUCCAUAAGGUUAUUACAAAUUUAGUUUACAUGACUGUAAUAUAUAUAAAUGCAUGCCUUCAAUAGGUAAAUGUGGUAUUUUUGUCAUGGUUUUACAUGUUUAUGUUAAACCAAUCAUUUUGAUUGUGUAAGGCACAUGUAUUUAUGAUUUUGUAUUUAUUUUAUAUUGUCAUUAUCUUAUUUCUGCAAUGUGUAUGCAUAAUAAUGCAGAACAAAUGUACGCUUAUUGUUGUUGAGACUGAAUAAACAACAGAUUUGAAGUUAAA